AUGAGAACUAUCCGUUAUCCGUUGGAUGAACUUCUCAAGAGCAGCACAUCAUUCAUCUGGACUCCGGAAUGCCAGCAGACGUUCGACAAAUUCAAGGAAAUAUUGUCCUCCGAACUCCUGCUCACCCAUUACAACCCGGAACAGGAAAUUAUAGUAUCAGCCGACGCAUCAUCAGUCGGAGUAGGAGCAACAAUAAGCCAUAAAUUUCCUGACGGCAAGGUCAAGGUUAUCCAGCAUGCUUCUCGGGCACUCAACGCUGCCGAACAACGAUACUCCCAGCCGGAUCGUGCAGGUCUUGCGAUAGUGUUUGCGGUAACCAAAUUCCAUAAGUUCAUAUUUGGAAGGAGGUUCCAGCUUCAAACAGACCAUGCACCGCUUCUACGUAUUUUCGGGUCCAAAAAGGAGAUACCGGUUUACACGGCCAACCGGCUCCAACGUUGGGCCUUAACAUUGCUUAAUUACGACUUUUCCAUGGAAUACGUCCCGACCGACAAAUUUGGAAAUGCUGACGUGUUGUCCAGGCUCAUCAACCAUCAUGCCAAGCCGGACGAGGAUUUCGUCGUAGCGUGCACCAACUUAGAAGAUGAUUUGAGUAUGGUACAACAAGCAACCAAAACCGAUCCAGUAUUGCGGAAGAUUCACCGUUUCAUCCGAGACGGGUGGCCAACAUCCAAGUCUGAAACGCAAGACAUUGAUCUGCGGAGAUUCCAUGAUCGUCAAGAGGGAUUAUCGAUCGUCCAGGAUUGCAUCAUGUUCGGGGACAGGUUGGUGAUCCCCUCCAUUUACCGAAAAAGGUGCUUGGCUCAACUCCACAAGGGCCAUCCAGGGAUGCAUCGAAUGAAAGCAGUCGCACGCAGCUAUGUGUACUGGCCGGGAUUGGAUGAGGAGAUAGCCAGUUUCGUCAGAGCUUGUCCACACUGCGCAGCAGCAGCACGGUCUCCUCCGAAGGCGAAUCCUGGAAUGCCGGAACUUCUGGUUACAGACAACGGCACUCAAUUCAAAAGCGAGGAGUUUAGCCAAUAUUGCCGUGAAAACGGAAUACAGCAUGUCACUACGCACAUGCCCUUCCAUCCGCAAUCUAACGGCCAGGCCGAAAGAUUCGUCAACACUUUUAAACGUGCAGUCCGUAAAAUUCAGGAGGGAGAAGGCAACAUAAAGCAGGAUCUGGAUGUUUUCCUUCUCACGUACCGGACUACACCAAACGCAAACGUGUCAGGUGGGAGAUCGCCCGCCGAAGCCAUGUACAAUCGACCGUUGCGGACAUCCAUGGAUCUGCUACGAGCGCCGCGUGAACAGAUGCCAGCAAUUUGCACCGAAGCUACUUCAAGCCAACCGAGAACUUUCACAGCAAAGGAUCCUGUAUACGCUAAGGUCUACGCGAACAAUAAGUGGACUUGGGUAUCGGGCAUCAUAGUCGAGAAGAUAGGCAAGGUGAUGUACAAUGUCCGGUUUAACAAAAAGAUAAUUCGAUCCCACAUCAAUCAACUGAGGGCACGAGCAGCAUCAGAACCGGAUGCUGAGCAGAUGACUCAAUUGAAGAAGCAGCUACCAAUCAACAUCCUGCUGAAUGAGUGGAAGUUGUCUUGUCCUGCAUCACCUGCUGGGUUGGCAGCUACAUCACCACUCCUGGAACAGCAUGUCAAUCCGUCAUCAACAACGUCACCAGCGGAUAUGCCCUUCCAUUCCCAGCAUUCUGUAGAAUAA